UGAUCACACGUUACACAUGAAAGAGAGGACGUCGUUAGAGAGGACUAACAAAACAAGGACCAACAAUUUUGCUUUGAGUAAUUCACUUUGGAAUCUAUCAACAACGUUAGUCAGUGUGGGGUUUAGUUGAUGAAAAAGAUGAUGAAAGUUUACCUCAUGUUGGUUUUGUCCGCGGUGGCUGUCUUCGCAGAAUCGGUACGAGAAACGGAAACAUGGGUACCUCUAAAAAACAAGCCCCAUGAGGAUCUCGAGGCGUCCGGUGACACUCUGAACGGAGAUUUUCAGUUCACUGGCAUAAACCCCACAACUGAUGAUGAGGAUGGCUUUGAUGAAGAUGAGGAUGAUGAUGAUGACAUGUCAGGCUCUGGAGACACCGAGUUAAUCCCAGAAAUCAAGAUUGUGGACCUCGAUAACUGGAUCCCUAAUCUGGAGCUUCCAGUUCCCCCAAAGCCCACCAUUGAUGAUGAGGUUCUGAUCCAGGACAAUGAGGUUGUCUUGCGUAAAGUACCAAACCAAGACGAGUCUCAAACCAGUAAUGUGCUCAUGUCUCAUGCUGGAGAGGAGAGCUUCUUCAACAACACAGAAGUGCUUGCAGCGGUUAUUGCUGGAGCAGCAGUUGGUCUCGUCUUCGCCAUACUCCUCAUCGUCCUCCUCGUCCACUUCGUUCUCCGCAUUAAGAAAAAUGAUGAAGGAAGUUUCGACCUCGUUAAGACACCCAUCUACAAGAAAGCUCCCACCACAGAAAUCUAUGCAUGAGCAUACAUGCAAACACACUCGCUCCGUCUCUCUCUCUCUUUUGAACUAUAAGCUCACACAUUGCCUCAGCCCGACGGGUCGCCACCAACCUCUCACAUACCACGACAACACAGAAGGACCUCACAGGAAUAAUUACUGACUGGACAUUUGCAUUGAAAUCUCAUAAGUCAUGAAAAGUGACUUGGAGAGGACUGUGGCUGUUUGCAAACUGCUCAAUUCAGAAGAUGACUGUCUUUUUGUUUUCACUUCCUCAAUUUAUUGCCUUUUAUCAUGUGGCCAAUUGCAUCCAUUUUUUUUUUUUUUUUUUUU